GUUCAUGCCCAGACUCCCUUGCGGCGCACGCCCAGUGAGGCAAAGGAUGAAACUGGAGGCUUCCGUACUCUUACCUCACGCUCUCUUUGUGGAGGGUCUUAGGGCAUUCCCUUCUUCGCGAGGCGGCGCGCACGGAUGAUUUCGCGCUUGGAUCGCUAGGCGCUCGUGUCGACCCCUUGCCGAUCGCUCAGGAGGCCGUGGGGCGUGGCGGAUUUCGAUAUUUCGGCUUCGCGAGCUGGAUGAUCUGAGAACCUGGGGAGAAAUCCAUGGCGCGGGGAUGUUUCGAGUCUGUGGCCGAGAGCUGCUUGGCCAAGUCGUGUAUCGGCCCGAGCCGGAUGAAUGCCCGCUACAUCUACGCCAUAAUCUUCUUGCUCACCACUGUGGUAGCCUGGAUGAUCCGGGACUACAGCCAUGACGCAUUGGCUUCUUUGCAUUACUUGAAAGGAUGCCAAGGAGGACACGAUUGUUUGGGCAGUGAGGGUGUUCUACGAGUGAGCCUGGGAUGCUUCGUGUUCUUCUUCACAAUGUAUUUGACGACUGUGGGAACUUCUAAACCCGACGACCCCCGUGACGCUUGGCACUCAGGCUGGUGGCCAAUUAAGAGCCUCUUCUGGAUCAUCGUGAUGGUGCUCCCAUUUUUCAUCCCAUCCGCAUUCAUUCAAAUGUAUGGUGAAAUGGCCAGGUUUGGAGCUGGAAUUUUUCUCGUUAUCCAGCUCCUCAGUGUCAUCAAUUUUAUAUACUGGUGGAACGAAGAGUGGCUCUCCGAGCAUAACGUCCGACGCUGCCAAAUACCGCUGGUCGUGAUUGCUGUGGGCUCGUAUAUACUUUCAUUCAUAGGCAUCAUCUUGAUGUAUGUCUGGUUCUCUCCACGGGCGUCCUGCGGCGUCAAUAUCUUUUUCAUCACAUGGACUUUCGUUCUCAUUUUAGUCGUGACGGCCAUCUCCCUUCAUUCGAAAGUCAAUGCGGGAUUGCUGACAUCAGGGUUGAUUUCACUGUAUCUAGUGUUUCUCUGCUGGUCAGCAAUUAUGAGUGAACCUGCUUCUGAGCUUUGCAAUACGCGAUCACGACAAACUGGGAAGGCUGACUGGCUAACUGUUUUGAGCUUUCUGAUAGCGUUCUUUGCAAUCAUCCUAGCUACAUUCUCUACCGGAAUAGAUUCGAAAUCUCUUGCGGUAUCCACUUUUUUAACCUCUCGAGUUAUUUUCACAUUUUUAAAAAUGUUUUCGUUUCUACAGCUACCACACAGUGAAGAGGAGACAUCCGAGAAUGAUAUCCCAUACAGCUAUGGUUUCUUUCAUUUCGUCUUUGCGAUGGGUGCGAUGUACUUUGCGAUGCUGUUCGUUGGCUGGAACCUUCACCAAACAAUGCACAGGUGGAGCAUAGACGUCGGGUGGGCAAGCGUUUGGGUGAAAGUCAUAAACGAAUGGCUCGCUGCGGCAGUAUAUAUUUGGACAAUGGUAUGUGUCUUUGUUCUGAAGGGCAGGGACUUUUCGUAAAUUCCUUUCACAGGAGCUUUACAUGAUGUACUUGAGUGUGGCGAGAAACGUGUCGAUGUUGCGAUGCUCGUCCUUGUUCUCUGCUGCAUCACUUGAGGUAGACUCUCUUGGGAGCUCCUUCACCGGCGUAGAGAUCGUUGGCUCCACAGGGAACGAUUGAACAAAUACGCCACCAAAUCAAAGAUUCUCUUUUCCCCAAACUCCUCCAGUAGUUCCGCGGUGGUUCUAUGUAAUUUUGAACGAAAUCUUUCAUUAUUAAGUACGUGUUUCAAACUAAUUAUUUA